AGUUCGACAUUUGAUUUCGACCGGUAAACAACAAAACCACAACAAAAUUUAAAAUUUUUUUCAUUCGAGUAAUUAAUAAAUUUCACGCGAUUUUCGCGUCGCUGCCAAUCGAAAUAUUUUUUUUACAGUAAAACAUUACAAGCUGAAAUCGAAAUCGUUUGGAGUCGAACUAAAAAAAAAUAUAUAUAAAAUAAAUGUAUAAAUAAAUAAAUAAUAAAUCAUACCAAAAGUAUUAAUAUCAUCGACGCAACGCCGACCUACUCAUAUGUGCAUACAUAUGUAUAUACGUAUGUAAAUACCUGCAAACCAUAUAGUAUAUUUAUUACAAGUAUUAUUAAUUAACUCCAAAAAACCGAGAGAAUACAAAAAAAUAGUGAUGAAAACAGUCUUAAGUAAGCGCUUCUUCCCAAGCGUGCUCUUCAUACUAAAUCUAUGCGUUCGUUCAACGCUUACGCGUACAAUCGCCACCACCAGCAAUUUGAUACAAAAACGACUAUACGACGAUACCGAUCCGGUGACAUGUCAAAUCUACUGCUAUGGACCGCUACUGCAUACCGUGCAAAUGGCGCGCUUGUACAAGGACUCAAAGACAUUUGUGGACAUGAAGUUGAAAAAUCGACCAGAGGAAACUAUGGAGGAUUACAAUGCAUUUAUGGCCAAGCGCAAUAAUUCGCCCACCGAGGCGGAGAUACGAGAUUUCGUGGAUACACAUUUCGAGGAGCGCGGUAAGGAGUUUGAACCCUGGAUACCAGACGAUUGGAAAGAGCAUCCAAGUUUCUUGGAUGCCAUCAACGAUCCAGAUCUCAGACAAUGGGGUGCCGAUUUGAAUGGCAUUUGGAAGGAGUUGGGCCGCAAAAUGAUUGAUGAUGUACACAAAAAUCCCGAAUUCUAUUCCAUAAUACCUGUUGAUCAUCCUGUCAUAGUGCCCGGUGGUCGCUUCAUUGAAUUCUACUAUUGGGAUUCUUAUUGGAUCAUACGUGGUCUGUUGUACUCCGAGAUGUUUGAUACAGCACGCGGCAUGAUUGAAAACUUUUUAUCUAUUGUACAACGUUUCGGUUUCAUACCGAAUGGCGGUCGUGUCUACUAUUCGAAACGUUCACAGCCCCCACUAUUGACGGCAAUGGUUCACGCCUAUGUUGAAUUUACAAAGGAUUAUAGUUUCGCUAUAGACGCACUGGAUAUAUUGGAACAUGAAUUUGAAUAUUGGAUGAAUAAUCACACGGUACAGGUGAAAGGUUAUGACGUCGCCAUCUAUAAAGACGCCUCUACGGGCCCACGUCCCGAAUCGUAUAGUGAAGAUGUUAUUUCAUCAUCAGAUUUCUCUACAGACGAGGAGAAGGAACAUCACUAUUCGGAAUUGAAGGCUGGCGCCGAGUCCGGCAUGGAUUUCAGUGCACGUUGGUUCAUCCAUGAGAAUGGUACAAAUGAUGGUAAUUUGACAAAUUUGAAAACGCGCUCAAUUGUACCCGUCGAACUAAAUGCGAUUCUGUAUUGGAAUGCCAAAAUGAUUGCGGAAUUCCAUGACAAGGCAGGCAAUAAGGCAAAAUCUGCUGAAUAUGAAUUGAAAGCUGCCAAAAUAUUAGAGGCUAUCCAAGCUGUACAUUGGAAUGAAGAAGCUGGCGUUUGGUUGGACUAUGACAUGAUCAAUCAGAAACCACGCAACUACUUUGUACCCACUAACUUGGCGCCCCUGUGGACGGGUGCCUACAAUCGCAACGAUUCGGAGAAAAUCUCAGCAUCUGUAUUAAAAUAUAUUGACGAUUUAAAAUUGGACAGCUACCCGGGUGGUGUGCCAAACACGCUAGCACAGACCGGUGAACAAUGGGAUUUCCCAAAUGUUUGGCCGCCAAUGCAAUAUCUGCUCGUCGUCGGCUUGGAUAACUUGGGUACGGUGGAAGCAAAGAAUCUAUCAAAGAAAUGGGGCUAUCGUUGGGUGAAAUCGAAUUUCGAAGCAUACAAACAGACACAAACGAUGUUUGAAAAGUAUGAUGCGUUACGCUUUGGUGGUCACGGUGGUGGCGGUGAGUAUGAGGUGCAGAAGGGCUUCGGUUGGAGUAACGGUGUUAUUGUUGAGUUCCUGACGAAAUAUGGCGGCGAGCUGUCACUUUCGAAUAGUGCGGUACCAACAGUUUCGAAGAAUACAAUUUUUAGCUUGACUGUUGCGCUGGUGAUUUCACUCUUCGGCACACUGCUAGGCCAAGCACUGUGGUGAGAACUUUUUCAGCUUCACGACAUACUUUAGCGCAUAAUGAAGAUGUGACCAUGACUUUUUGUUUUUGCUUCGUUACUUAUAAAAAUGCUGUACCACAGGGCCGAGCACACAUGUACACGCUAACGAUGUUUUGCAAACAAUUGCAUAGCUUUAUGUACGAUUGUUUAUGUACUAAUGUUUUGCAGUGACUUUCUAUAAUUUAUACA